AUGGCGGCUGAAUUGCGAAUGAAUUUGGCAGCUCUACAACGAUGUGAUCCCUACAUCACUGAGAUUGUCGAUGCCGCCUCACAAGUUGCACUGUACACAUUCAACUCGAAGUCGAACGAAUGGGAAAAAACGAACAUCGAGGGAACCCUGUUUGUCUACUCAAG